UUUGACACACACCUUAUUUAUUUUUAUUACAACUAUGUCUUCAACAUCAUCAAGCGAGUGCGACUGUGGUCUACGGGAUUACUACGAGUAUAAUGCCAAUGUUAGAAAUGUUCAAGGUCCUCCUUGUUACCCAACUCUGAGGCAUCCACUGAUUUAUUGCACCCAAGUGCAACAACCUGUAUAUCGAAAACAAAGAAGCAGAGAAAUGAGGAAAGGCAACCCAAAUUUUUUUGUAAAAGCAUUUCGAUGGUACACUCAGGAGCAUCGACCACCCCAUGAAGAUUACUCAAAAGAUCACGAUUUGACUUCAUUUGCAAAAUGGUUGGACGACAAAUACAACCAAUUCCUUCUUGAUAGUCAAAUGGAAGAUGUUAAUGAUGUGAAAAUGAAGCAGACUUUUGUCAUCAACGCUGAUAAGUUAACAAAUGGCUCGGCAUGUCGGCCGUGCAAAACUAAAAUAUUUGCGAGGGUGAAAAGUCCCUGGAGGAAACGUCGACAUCCCAUAAGUAGUAAAGAAGAUGGCGAUAUGCUCAGGAAGUCACAUGACAGCUUGAAGUAUAUACUGGCGCCUAAAGACGUCAUUCGACAAACAUCGUGCUGUCAACAAUCAGUUACCACAGUCGUAUCUGAAACCGAAAUCCAAACGAAAAUAGUACUGAAAUCUCAAAGUCUAACAAGUGUCCGUGUUCGUGGUUCAGAACAUAAACCUAAUGAUGUUAUAAGUGUACAAGAAGGUAACAAAAUCGGAUCAGAAUCGGGUGAUGCAGGCGAUAAAGAAAUUAAAAGAAUAGAUUAUGUAUCAAAUGUUUACGAAGCUGCAAUUGAAGAUGCAUUUUGUCAAUGUCCUGAGGAAUGUGCUGUGAAAAGGAGUACAGAGACACAAGACAAUACUUCGACAGUUGCAAAAUGUGUCAAUUGUUCUUUACAUAAAAAUUCUACAGUAUCAACAAUAGAUAAAAAUCAAGUAAAUACGUCGGAGGUACAUAGGGAUGAACACAAAAAGAAACGUGGCAAAAAACCGAAAAAGUGUGAACUCGAACCACAAAACCCAUACAUCAAUGAUGUAUCAUGUCAGUGUUCUGAGAUUAUAACCAGAAUGGAUGCUGAGAGCCAAUACUCUGACCGGAAAUUGUGGACAGAGUGCAUUUGUACUGGCGCUUACCACAAACACGAAUCUUUAAUGAAGGUCCCCACGCUUCAAAGGGCAACCAGAUGCGUAGGCAUAAUAUUGGAUAUGUCAUUAUCACCUUAUUGUAUAUCACAAAAAUGUCAAGAUAAACAAUGCCUUUCAAAUAAACCUGUAUUUCCGAUAUCAAAUAAUUUGAAUACGUCUAAAGUAACAAGUUACAAUGCGUAUUCAAUAAACAAUACAGUACAAACAUCUGACCACUCCAUUUGUUUCGAGAACCAAGAGUAUCCUCUAUUCAUGAAAAUAUUUUGCGCAGACAAAUUGUCUGAAGACUUUAUUUAUAGAUGAACAUAACAAAAAGUCGAUACAUAAAUUAAACGAUGAAAUUUCAGAUCAAUGGUUGAUUAAAAUGCAAUAUACGUACUAUCAAAUGCGUAGGAAACUAAAAUAAUGAUCUAAAGUAAUUAAAUUCUAGUAAUGUGAAAAA